CCUAAGAAAACCCAUUAGUGUAUAUUUGUUUUAGAGUUAUUAAUCCCUCCUUUUAUGAUUAUUUUGCAUUCAAUUUCUUUUACUUGUACACAGGAACAAACCCAUCUCAACCCUUUUACGGUUUUGUGCAUGCAAUCCAUUUUUGCUUGUUUUUGAGUUUGGAUUUCAAUUGACCCGAUGGGGCCCGUAAAAGGGUCAAAGAAGAAAAGAAAGGUUGAUUUUGCAGAGAAUGAAGAAGACUCUGGAGAUUGGUGGGUAGACUUUGCUAAGGGAAUUAAUAUGUUCUCCAAAGGAAUUAAUGGUAUUGUUUCUCCGUCUAAGGGAUUGAUUAAGUUUGAGUUAGUUUUCGGAAUUUCAAGGAAGACAUUUAACUAUAUAUGCACACUUGUAAGAGAUGAUAUGUCUGCUAAACCGGGCCAUUUUUCUUUUUCAAAUGGCAAACCUUUGUCUUUAUACGACCAAGUAGCAGUCGCUCUCAGAAGACUUAGCUCAGGAGGUUCUUUAGCGAAUGUCGGAGAUUUUUUAGGUUUGCACCACUCAACAGUCUCCCAAGUUACUUGGCGUUUUGUGGAGUCUAUGGAGAAGAAAGGACUUCACCACCUUCAGUGGCCUGCCUCGGAUGAAAAAAUCACGGAAAUAAAGUCAAAAUUCGAGAACAUCCAAGGAUUCCCGAAUUGUUGUGGGGCAAUCGAUACCACCCAUAUCAAAAUGUGUUUGCCUUUGGCCGAUCCUGCUAAUAAAGUGUGGCUUGAUCGAGAGAAUAACCACAGCAUGCUCUUGCAGGCAGUUGUAGAUCCCGAUAUGAGGUUUCGAGACAUAGUCACCGGGUGGCCUGGAAAAAUGAGCGACUCAUUAGUGCUUACAACCUCAAAUUUCUUCAAACUAUGCGAGAAAGGAAAACGACUAAACGGAAAAUCUGUCAUUCUUUCCGAUGGCUCUGAAAUACGGGAGUACAUACUUGGAGACUUGGGAUUUCCGUCAUUGCCAUGGCUAAUCACACCAUACCGAGACAAAGUUCUUUCAGACACUCAAAUGGACUUCAACAAGCGUCAUUUCGCAACCCGUAUGGUGGCAAGGCGAGCAUUAGCUAGGUUAAAGGAGACGUGGAAGAUUAUUAACGGGGAGAUGUGGAGACCCGAUAAGCAUAAGUUACCGAGGAUCAUACUAGUUUGCUGCCUACUUCACAACAUUGCUAUAGACAUGCACGAUGAGGUGCAAGACGAGAUCUCAUUGUCGCACUGCCAUGAUGAGAAUUAUCGACAACAAAUGUGUGAAUCUGCCGACACGACUGCUUCGGACAUGAGGGACAAAUUGUGUCACUACUUGUCUAGAAGUUUACCAAAUUCAUGACUUUUUGAUUUGUUUUCUGAAGGAUUGUUUUAGGUUUUCAACAUUGUAUUUCAGAGUUCAGAUUGUAUAUAAGGUUUUCAAAUGUUAGAUUGUUGUAUACUGAUACUGAUACAGGGCCAUUGUGCAGUCUGACAGGGAAAUUCCCAGCUGAGAUUAUUUCAGUAAUGACUAAUUUCCAUUCCUUUUCUCAUACUUUUGCUGUUCAGAUUUGACAGGUAAGUUCUGUUUUUAUGUGUUUUUUUGCUUCUAAUGAGGCAUAAUUUUAGUACAGUAAGUAUUUCUAAAACCAGUCAGACCACCGACAAAUUUAAGAUUUAAACCUCUAAUAUCUUUAAGACGUGAUAUUGUAUGAAACUGAUUCAUCGAAAAAUGUACUCGGAUUAAAUGAUUCAUGUAACACAUACAAUGAGAAUAUGAGCACCUUGUUUAAGGUUCGUCUCACAGAUAAAACGUUUUUUAUAAGAGUAGCUCAAUUGUGA